AAAAAGCUGAUUUGUGUUGUAACUGGUAUAUUAUUUAUUGCCAUUCUUAGAAACAUUUUUUCGAAUUCAGAGAGUGUGUUCUCGAGACGUUUUCAUGAUCAAUUGGCUAUUAUGUAUAAUGAUGCCUCGGUCUUGGAGAAUCACCAUCUGGCCGUCGCGUUUCAACUGCUCAAUCGACCGGGCUGUGAUAUGUUUGAAAGUUUGGUCAAAAAGCAACGACUCAGUUUGCGACGAAUGGCCAUUGAUAUGGUAUUGGCCACCGAUAUGUCAAAACACAUGAGCCUACUUGCAGAUCUGAAAACCAUGGUUGAAACAAAGAAAGUGGCUGGUUCAGGGAUUCUCACCUUGGAUAACUACAGUGAUCGAAUGCAGAUUCUGCAAAAUAUGAUUCACUGUUCCGAUUUGAGCAAUCCGACAAAACCGCUGGCCCUGUAUCGACAAUGGAAUACACGGAUUAUGGAGGAGCACUUCCGACAGGGGGACCGAGAACGGGAACAGGGUCUGGAACUGAGUCCAAUGUGUGAUCGGAACACGGCUUCGUUGGAAAAGACCCAGGUUAGCUUCAUUGACUACAUUGUGCAUCCAUUGUGGGAAACCUGGUCUGAAUUGGUACACCCGGAUGCUCAGAAAAUUCUGGAAACUCUGGAGGAAAACCGAGAAUGGUAUUUGGCCAGAAUGGUGGAAGAUUCACAGAAUGAGCAGAAAGAAAAUGAAUAA